GCGGUGAGGAAGUCACUUCCUCCCAGAGACGCUGUUUCCUAGUAACCUCUUUCCAUCUCCGCUUUUAGUCCCUCCUCUUUGCUCAGUCCAGUGACCGUCUCCGAGAGCCUGCAGGCCCAGGCCCGGGCGAGAGGCUCCAGCCCAACCCCAGUCCCUAGGGUAGCGGGGAGUGCACCGCAGGAUCGUCUGGGAUACCAUCAGAAUCUGAAUUAUGUCCAUUACCUAUUAGCCAUUUUAUAAGGAUUUAAAAAGAAAAAAAAAGAAAGAAAAACAUUAUGUCUGAUGAAGUUUUUAGCACAACCUUGGCUUACACAAAGAGUCCAAAAGUCACAAAGAGAACUACUUUCCAGGAUGAGCUAAUAAAAGCGAUUACAGCCCGCUCAGCCAGGCAAAGAAGUUCUGAAUACUCCGAUGACUUCGACAGUGAUGAGAUUGUUUCCUUAGGUGAUUUUUCUGACACCUCAGUAGAUGAAAAUUCAGAUAAGAAAAAAACGAAUGAUUUCCAUUUAUCAGAUGAUGAAGAAAAGAAUUCCCCAAAAUUGUCUUUUUUGAAAACCAAGAAAUUAAACAUGGACAUGACAAAAGACGAGCCGGGAUUCUCUGCCAAAAGUGCCGAGGACAUGGCGCCUGAUGGUUGUGAAGACGUGGUGCGAGCCCGCUCGCCUGAAACUCAAAGUGAAGGGCGGGAAAUUGAAAGAGACAAAAUUAAGAUGAAACCUAAACCCAGAAUUCUCCCAGUCAAAAGCACAUCUUCAGAACACAGUAGUAGCCUUGAAGCAGAUAGCCACUUCAAGCCUUCACCUCGGCCACGGACCAUGUUGAAAACACACAGCCCUAGGGAGGAGAAAGAUGGACCAGGAGAAGAUAAAACAACUGCCCGGCAUGAAGAAUUGGAGGCACAUUCUGCACCUUCCCCCCUCCCGGCGCUAAAUGAUAGACAACUAGAAGCUGAGAAAAAAGCAUUCUCUGAAAACCUAGAUCCUGAGUAUUCCAUUGAAUCUAAACCUCCAACUACAAAAUAUAGUGAAGAUGUAUGUAGCAUUAUUUUAUAUACUGCUAGGAAGGAAGAAAACUCUGACACUGAAAUCUAUCAGAAUGAAGAACUUACUGAAAACCACAGUUCCUUGAAAUCAAAUGAAAAUGAAGAGAAUUCAUUUUUGAUAGACUUUGUUACUACUCCACAUGAGAAAUCCAAGGAAAGUCAAGUGAUUACUGAUGACCUUGAAGGAGAAAAGGAGAAAGACGAAGUGCUUAUGAAUGACUUGACAGUUGACCCACCGCUAUUAAAAUCUCAGAGUAUCGUAAUAUCUACUGACGCAACUGCAUCUUCAAAGAAAACAAUUGAAGACAGAAAUAUGAAGAAUAAAAAGUCAACAAAUAAUAGAGCAUCCAGUGCAUAUGGCAGAUUAAUGACCUCUGAGUUUUUAAAGAAAUCUAGUUCUAUAAGGAGACCGCCAUCAGCAACUACCUCUUCUCACUAUUUAGGGACUUUGAAAGUCUUGGACCAAAAGCCCUCACAGAAACAGAAUGUAGAACCUGAAAGAGCAGAUAACAUAAGGGCAGCUGUUUAUCAGGAUUGGUUAGAAAAGAAAAAUGUGUAUUUACAUGAAAUGCACAGAAUUAAAAGGAUUGAAAGUGAAAACCUAAGGAUCCAAAAUGAGCAGAAAAGAGCUGCCAAGAGAGAAGAAGCAUUAGCAUCAUUUGAGGCCUGGAAGGCUAUGAAAGAAAAGGAAGCAAAGAAAAUCGCUGCUAAAAAAAGACUCGAGGAAAAAAACAAGAAGAAGACGGAGGAAGAAAAUGCCGUGAGAAAAGGAGAAGCACUUCAGGCAUUUGAACGGUGGAAAGAGAAAAAGAUGGAAUACCUUAGAGAGAAAAAUAAAAAGGAGAAAGAAUAUGAAAGAGCAAAAAGGCAGAAAGAGGAAGAAACUAUUGCUGAGAAAAGAAAAGAUAACUUAACAGCUGUUGAGAAAUGGAAUGAAAAGAAGGAUGCUUUUUUCAAAGAAAAGGAGAAAGAGAGAAUAAAUGAGAAAAGACGAGAAGAACUGAAAAAAGCAGAGAAAAAAGACAAAGACAAGCAAGCUAUUGAUGAAUAUGACAAAUGGCUGGAAAAGAAAGAAAGGCAGGAGAGAAUUGAGCGAAAACAAAAGAAACGUCAUUCCUUUCUUGAAAAUGAGGCACUUCCUCCCUGGAGCCCUCCAAGUCGAACCGUGUUCUCAAAAGUGUUUUGAUAAUUCUCAUUCUUACGUCAUGUAGUUAUUUAUCAACUCCCUACUGUUAGCCAUGGAUUUAAAACUAUUUAUUCAAUUAGUUAUAGUUAGAAGAGUCUAUUUUAUUAAAUGCCAGCCAUUUCCACUGGAUAAGAUGCUUUGGAGUUAAUCAGUGAAAUAAUUGAAGGCAUUUUUUUUAGACUGUAGAUAAACUGCCUCAAAUGAGAAGCUAAUAAUCAGAUCGCACUUGCCAUUAAAGUAACCGUUUAUCAUGUCCUUGCAAUUAUUACAAUCAGGUGACCCGUGACCACUUUCAGCCGUGCACGGUAUUGAAGUGUGCGUAUUCCCCAGAGUAAAAAGGAAACCAUUUAGUUAAGACAAUCAUAGAAAUAAUUGAAUCAUUCUGUGAAUGAUUGUGCACCUAGAUUCGGGUUUUAAAAGAAAUCAUUGCUGGGAGUACGCAUGUAUUAUUUUUUUCAAAAACUGUUCUUUAACUUGAGCGGUUGCACUUGCACUGUGCAAGUUACAAUUUUGGUCAGGUGAGGCAGUAGUUUGGUAGAACUCUAAUUCUCCAGGCAUUUUAAGAAGUUUGCCUUAUGUUUUAAUAUGGGAUUGUAUCUGCCCCAGAUUUCCAUGACAAUCACAGGCACUUUAUAAUGAGUAGACCUUUCACAUUUGUCUUCUAAAUUAUAUCUCACUUUAUUAUUUUGGUGAUAUCAAAAGAUAUCCAUUUCUUGGCAGUGAUAUAUUCACAAUAGUGAUGGAAGUUCCACAAGAGUUCAAGGUCAUUAUCACUAUUAUUAUUUUCCAGAUUUAAGCCAUAUAGGUGAUAAAGGCAAUUUUUGAUCUCUUAACCUAUUCCAGAAUCCUAUAGCUUAUAUUUAGAAGACAGCUGUAUAGGAAGGUAACUUGUAGAAAAUGUCCAAAGAAUCUUUAUUUAUUUAUUUGAUCUGUGCAUAUCUUUAUAUUAAUUGGACUCAUACUUGAACUGGUCAGCUAAUUUGUCACAGACCAAAUGUAUGCUCUCAGAGUUGAAAUACUCCUUUAGCCAACGAUGCAAUGCAAUGGUGGGUGAGACUCUAAUUACUAUUUCUUAAGCGCCUAUUGUAUGCUCUCUCCUGGGGCUUUAUAAAUGUUAAAUCUUUGCAACAACUAUUCAGUGUAGGUGUUACUUUGCGGACUAAAAACACUGAAACUCAGAGAAAUAACUUGCCAUACAUUCAGCAUGUGACAGUGGGGCUUAGAAUUGAGUAAGUCUUCCUCCUUCCAGAAUCAAUAUUUUUAUGCUCUGUAUUAUAUUAACUUUACAAACACAUUUUACCUCUCAGUUCCUGAAAUCUUGAGUUGUUAGCUAGAGCUUAUAUUUCCUUUUAAGAAAUACCUGUUCGUUUUUUAGAGACGGUGAACUUUAUUGGAUCUAUAAAAUGAAAGAUUUCGUAAUAUUUAAAGAAUUAGUCAAAUGCCUUGUAUGUCGUAUUAGAAUGUCAGGAAACCCAGCAGAUAGGGGAGCAUGGCUUUUGAGAUACUCAGAAGGUCUCGGAGGACUAAGCUGGCUGCCAUGCCUGUUUCAGAUAAGAAAGGCGUAAAGGGUCACUGGAUCACAUCAGUGCUACAGGUAAUUGUUUUUAAUUAUAAACAAAAUGCUGGAAGCCUUUGUAUACUGCCAGGAACUAGGAGAAUACUUGAUGAAAUAGAAACUGUUGUCAUCAAUAUGUAUUAUCAGCAUGAGAUUUAGCCCUUCUCUUUUUCCCCAAAUAUAUAUAUUUUCUUCUUCAUUGUCAUAUUUGGUGGCUUACUAUUAUCACUUCUUAGUUGCGGGAGCACUGAAUGAAAUUAGCAAUUAAUGUAAAGCAUAUGGCACAUAAUAAGGACUUAAUAAAUGUUCAUUUUCAUUUACUUACUUCCACGAGCCCUGCAUUUACCCACUUCAUGUGUGCGAGGAGCAGAUCAACACCGAUGGGAUUGAUAAUGCUUAUUUGACUGAUACAUUUUUAGCAUCCAAGAAGAAAUAUCCACUUUCCUGGCCAGUCUAGCACUCAAAAGAGAAUAUGGAGGUGCAUUGUAUUAGAGACCUCCUAAAAAGAAAUCUACAGAAAUCUAAAUCUUAGCACUGUUUGUGAAGUUGGACGAAGUGGGAAAUUGAGGUGUUUGCAAAGCCCCAGGAAUUCAUUUCCCUCAAAUGGGAAAUUUUCUCUUAACUACAAUAAAUAAUAAAUUUUUUCCUGUUUACAGUCAUAUGUGCUAAGAAUGAGAUCCUCUGUUCUUCCUGCAGUAAAAAUAGAGCUGAGUUUUAAGCUCAGGGUGAAAGUACUGUUUACUUUCUGAGAUCCAAAGAAGAGAAUCCAAAUUGGUAAUAUCCUCUUGAAUGUAUUUAUCUAUUUAAGGGGUAUGAUUUUCCCAUAUAUCCUUAAAAGUAUCAAAUGUCAAUACAUUUUCUCAUCAAGUUUCAUUAACUUAUGAAAUGAGGGAAUUCAAAUUCAAAUUAAAGACACAAAAGCAUAUAGAUUUUCAUGUUAAACUUCUAGUUUUGUAAAUUGUAUUGAUCACUUGAAUGCAGACAUGUCAAAGUAAAGGAAAUAAGAAUUUAAUAAAUAUUUUACAAUAUAACUGAAAACAGCAAUUUCCCUGGAAAUUGACAUACUGAUGCAAAAAUUAAAUUGCAUACAGAAUAUAUUUUCCAUAACAACCAAGAAAACAGUAGUGUUCCAUAAACAGAGAAAAACAAAUGGCAUGUUAGAUCAGAAGGAAGUGGCAGUUUUCUAAAAGAAAAUAAGAACUAUUCGGGUAUAACAGUUUUCCAGUGGUUUGUAGUGCAUCAUGUUUUGAAAAUGUUAGUAGUUCAUUUAUUGUCCUAAAUAGUAUUGAAACUGAUACGUCUCACUGUUGCCAAAGUGGUAGCUGAAAAUAGUUGUGUCCACAGCUGUGUACCUUGGAGUGAUAAAACUAUGUAUCUGGAAGGGUUUUAAUAAUUUAAUAAAGCUGGCCCAAACCCUGUUUCUGAGUUGAACAAGACUUUGACUUGCCCAAGCUCGUACCCCUCACCAUGAGAUACCAAAGUUAGAAAUCAGGUGUUCAGUUUUCUAGUUAUAAUCAGUCCACCAUCCCACAGUUUUGAGAGCUGAUAAAACUUUCACACUCUCUUUUGUAACCAUGGUCGUUAUCGACUUCAUUUUGAUCCUCUUUCUGAUGGUCCCUUAUUCUUCCAGUGUCUUCUCCAAACUCCACCAGAUUAAAGCUCUCUGGGCAUCUCCACCACCACUUCAUGUGUGGGGAGUACUGAAGUUUCUUAAGCUCUGAGUCCCAGGCUAAAAUGCAAUGGAAAAAGAGGAAUUUCUCAAAAUGGAAGAAAUUGCAUGUUAGUCAAAGUAGUUCCCGAGAAUAAACUAGUACAGAAAACAAAUUUUCCUGAUGUAAUCUUGGCUCUGAUUUCAAUAGUGCUAUAUUAAAAGGUAUUUAAACCUAUAUACGUCCUUUCUACACAAAGCAAAGAUAGUGCCAGUUGUCCUGCUUCAUAGGUACGUGGGCUGACAGAAUAAUGAAUGCUAUGUAAAUACUUAACUAGAGACUUCCCUGAAUUCUUUUUAUUUUGAAAUAUCUUGUGAUUUGAUUAUUUUGGAACACAUUACAUGUAAUUGUAUAAUGUUAACUAAAUUAUUGGUAAAUUUAGGAUGUUUAAGAAUUACUUGAGGAGAUGUAUUUAAUGUCUGCUUUUUAGUAGCAUACUCCAUGUUCUGCUAAAUUAAAGUUAAUCAUUCAGGA